AUGAGGUGGAGAUGUGUGUGGCUGUGCUUCCUUGCUGCCAGUAUCAUCGACGUCCAAGCCAGACUAGUUCGAAACCAUGUCAGCAGCAUCUGCAGCACGUGGGGCAGAGAGCACUUUAAGACGUUUGAUGGUGAUGUGUACCAGUUCCCCGGUAUGUGUGAGUACAACUUGGCCUCCGACUGCCACGAGUCCUACCAGGAGUUCUCCGUGCACAUGAAGAGGAAAGAGAAUGAUGAAAGCCCUACAGUCAGUUAUGUGGUGGUCACCAUCAAUGACAUUCCGUUCCACCUCAGCAAGGGCCUGGUCACUGUGAAUGGCCUGCCUGUCAAAUUGCCAUACUACAGUGCAGGGGUACAAGUGGAAAAAAAUGAGGUUUACAUCAAGCUCCAGUCUAAAGUCGGCAUCGUUGUCAUGUGGAAUGGUGAUGAUGCACUCAUGGUGGAACUGGAUCAUGACUAUGCUAAUCGUACCUGUGGACUUUGUGGAGACUUCAGUGGUGUUUCCAUCUACAAUGAGUUCAUUCAUAAUGGUCGCAAAAUCAGCCCCAUUGAGUUUGGCAACAAACAGAAAGUCCAUCGUCCAAACGAUGAUUGUGAGGACCCCUAUGAAGAGGACGAUGAAUCCCUGGAGGCUGUGCUGGAUUCAUGCAAGGAGUUUCAAACCACCUGUAACCAGAUGCUGCGUUCAGAGUCCUGGAGCUCCUGUACCACACUGAUUAACCCUGAACCUUACAUCCAGGCCUGUGUGCAGGACAUGUGUGGCUGCUCCAACAGCACGAGUGACUUCUGUGUUUGCAGCACACUGGCCGAGUUCUCUCGACAGUGUUCCCACGCGGGAGGGCAGCCUCCCAACUGGAGGACACCUCAGUUCUGUGCUAAACAGUGUCCAUUCAGCAUGGUUUAUGAAGAGAGCGGUUCCCCUUGCAUGGAUACAUGCACACAACAAGACACAAGUUCUCUGUGUGAGGACCACAAAAUGGACGGCUGCUUCUGUCCUCCCGGAACUGUGUUUGAUGAUAUUUCCAUGAGAGGGUGCAUCGCUCAAUCUGAAUGUCAGUGCAAACACAACAAAAUCUAUAACUCUGGAGAGGUUUACCGACAGGACAGAGAAGAAUGUACUUGUCUUGAGGGUAAAUGGGCUUGUAAGCGCCUUCAAACACCUGCUACAUGUGCAGUUGAAGAGGGUUCACAUGUAACCACCUUUGAUGGAAAAACCUACACCUUCCAUGGAGAGUGUUACUACACCCUAGCCAAAGAUGAUGCGAGUCCAAAGUUUACCAUCCUGGUUCAGUUGGUGCCAUGUGCAAAUAGGAAGUUUGACACUUGUCUUAAGACCCUUAAAAUCAUGCUGAACAAUGACAGAAACAAUGUAUUAAUGUUCACGUCCGACGGCACGGUAAAGCAGAAUAUGCAGACCAUCAGUUUGCCAUACCACUCAGGUGACAUCAACGUAUUCCGGGCUUCAUCUUUUCACAUCUUGCUCCAGACGAGUUUCGGGUUGCAAAUUCACGUCCAGCACGUGCCUGUCAUGCAAGUCUAUGUCAGUCUGCAACCGAAUUACAGAGCAAAGACACGUGGUUUAUGUGGGAAUUACAACAUGGCCCUGUCUGAUGACAUGAAGACUCCUCAGGGGAUUGUGGAGGGAACAGCAGCAUCUUUUUGUAAUUCCUGGAAAGCUAACGUCAUGUGCCCAGACAGAGAGGAAAGACUUGAUGACCCCUGUUCCCUCAGUGUGGAAAAUGAGUGGUACGCCAAAUACUGGUGCGCCUUGCUACGAAGUCCAAACAGCACCUUUGCACAGUGCCAUUCAGCUGUGGAUCCUGAAACGUACUACAAGCGAUGUACUUAUGCUAGCUGUAACUGUGACAAGAGUGAGGCCUGCCUGUGUGCUGUUUUCUCCUCCUACGUACGAGCUUGUGCAUCAAAGGGAGUGCUCUUGACAGACUGGAGAGAGAAUGUUUGCAAUGGAUACACAAAGAGCUGUCCAGCAUCUCAGACCUUCUCGUACAAGCAUCAGAGAUGCCAGCUGACUUGCAGAUCACUGAGCUCACAGCAGCAGAGCUGCACUUCUGACUUCUUGCCUGUGGAUGGCUGCUCCUGCUCUGAGGGUCUCUACUUAAAUGAAAACAGCAUCUGCGUCCCCAUGGCAAAAUGUUCCUGCUACCAUAACAACGUCUACAUUAAACCAGGAAAGUCAGUCAACAUCAAAGACGAUCACUGUGUGUGCACCAAUGGAACGCUUCAUUGUCAUUCUUGGAGAAUCCGCUCAUCAACAUGUCCUCCUCCAAAAGUAUUCUUCAACUGCUCCACUGCGGGCACAGGAGAGCUGCAGUGUGCUCGAACUUGUUUAAAUAGGGACAGCAUUGAUUGUGACUCCGCAGAAUGUGAAUCUGGCUGUCAGUGUCCAGAUGGCCUCCUUGAUGAUGGCAAAGGUUCCUGUGUGAAAGAACAUCAAUGUCUGUGUCAGCAUGAUGGGCAUUUUUAUGCCCCUGGAGCACAAAUCCCUAACCAAUGCAACAACUGUACCUGCAGAAGUGGACGCUGGGAGUGCACAGAGGAAAAAUGUACAGGAACUUGCAUCAUUUAUGGGAGUGGUCACUACAGUACAUUUGAUCAGCAAACAUAUGGGUUUCAAGGACAUUGUGCCUAUGUUGCUGUCAAGAACAAAUGUGGCAAUAGAACAGUUGAGGACAACUUUGGAGUUAUCACAGAAAAUGUACCGUGUGGAUCUACAGGCACAACAUGCUCCAAAACUGUCAGAAUCCAACUUGGGCGAACAGAAAUAAAACUGUCAAAGGGUAAAUAUGAAGUGGUGGACCUGGGAAAUGGCACUCAGAUUCAGUACAAAGUAAGGAAUGUUGGCUUGUAUCUGGUGAUAGAAUCAGCCAUUGGUCUGGCAGUGAUGUGGGAUCGUAAAACAACUGUUCGCAUCCUCCUGGAACCACAGCACAACGGAGAGGUAUGCGGCCUUUGUGGAGAUUUUGAUGGUGAUGGACAGAAUGACUUCACAACCCAGGCUCAGCUGCCAGUGAGCAAUGCGUUAGAAUUUGCAAACAGCUGGAAAGUGUCAAGCAGCUGCCCAGAUGUGGAAAUGAAUGUUGACCCUUGUGUAGUAACACCGAAUAGACAUCACUGGGCAAAAAUAAUGUGCAGCAUUAUAACUGGAGAUACGUUCAAAGACUGCCACAAUACGGUGGAUUACCGCCCAUUUUAUGAUAACUGUGUGAAAGACUCAUGUGCCUGCGACUCUGGAGGAGACUGUGAGUGUUUCUGCACAGCAGUUGCAGCUUAUGCUCAAGCCUGUAAUGAGGCUGGUGUCUGUGUCGCAUGGAGAACGCCAGAGAUCUGUCCUGUCUUUUGUGAUUACUACAACAGUGCUGAUGAGUGUAUGUGGCACUACAACCCUUGUCACACACCUUGCUACAAGACCUGUUUGAAUCCACAACCAGUCUGUAGCAACCCUAUCCCUAAUCUGGAAGGCUGUUACCCUGUGUGCCCAGAAGAUAGGCCCAUAUUUGAUGAGAAGAACCAGACGUGUGUGGACAAAUGUCCAGGUUGCCUUUACAAUGGGACUAGAUAUGAAGAAGGGGCCAACCACAACCACAAAAUCUACAACCCCUUCAACCGAAUCUCCUGCGACAACAAAGGGGCCAACCACGACCAUGAAAUCUACAACACCACCAACUGCAUCACCAACUCCAUGUGUUCCAAGUCCAACCACAACCACAAAAUCUACAACCCCUCCUACUACAACAAAGGGGUCAACUACAACCACACAAUCUACAACACCACCAACUACAUCACCAACUCCAUGUGUUCCAACGUAAAAGAGCAGCAGUUGAGGCCUCCACGAAAGUGCUUCAACUAUGAGAUCAGAGUAUGUUGUGAGGUAGAAUGUGUCCCCACAACCACAUCAAAUACUCCUCCUACGACAACUGAGGCAACAACUACAACCACAAAAUCUACAACCACACCAAAUCAAACUACGACAACCACUGAAGCACCAACCACAACCACACAAUCUACAACACCUUCAACUGUAUCUCCUACUACAACUGAGGAGCCAACCACAACCACACAAUCUACAACACCUUCAACUGUAUCUGCUACUACAACUGAGGAGCCAGCCACAACCACACAAUCUACAACCCCUUCAACCAAACCUCCUACUACAACUGAGGCACCAACCACUACCACACUAUCUACAACACCAACAACUGAAUCUCCUACUACAACUGAAAGUCCAACCACAACCACAAAAUCUACAACCCCUUCAACUGAAUCUCCCACGACAACUCAGGAGCCAACCACAACCACAAAAUCUACAACACCAACAACCAAGCCUCCUACUACUACAACUGAAAGUCCAACCACAACCACAAAAUCUACAACACCAACAACUGAAUCUCCUACUACAACUGAGGGACCAACCACAACCACACAGUCUACAACCCCUUCAACUGAAUCUCCCAUGACAACUGAGGCGCCAACCACAACCACAAAAUCUACAACACCAACAACCAAACCUCCUACUACUACAACUGCAAGUCCAACCACAACCACAAAAUCUACAACACCAACAACUGAAUCUCCUACUACAACUGAGGGACCGACCACACAAUCUACAACCCCUUCAACUGAAUCUCCUACAACUACUGAGGAGCCAACCACUACCACAAAAUCUACAACACCAACAACCAAACCUCCUACUACUACAACUGAAAGUCCAACCACAACCACAAAAUCUACAACACCAACAACCGAGCCUCCUACUACAACAGAGGGGCCAACCAUAACCACACAAUCUACACCCCCUUCAACAGAAUCUCCUACUACAACUGAGGAGCCAACCACUACCACAAAAUCUACAACACCAACAACCAAGCCUCCUACUACUACAACUGAAAGUCCAACCACAACCACAAAAUCUACAACACCAACAAAUGAAUCUCCUACUACAACUGAGGGACCAACCACAACCACACAAUCUACAACCCCUUCAACUGAAUCUCCUACUACAACUGAGGAGCCAACCACAACCACACAAUCUACAACACCAACAACAAAGCCUCCUACUACUACAACUGAAAGUCCAACCACUACCACAAAAUCUACAACACCAACAACUAAACCUCCUACUACUACAACUGAAAGUCCAACCACAACCACAAAAUCUACAACACCAACAACUGAAUCUCCUACUACAACUGAGGGACCGACCACACAAUCUACAACCCCUUCAACUGAAUCUCCUACAACUACUGAGGAGCCAACCACUACCACAAAAUCUACAACACCAACAACCAAACCUCCUACUACUACAACUGAAAGUCCAACCACAACCACAAAAUCUACAACACCAACAACCGAGCCUCCUACUACAACAGAGGGGCCAACCAUAACCACACAAUCUACAACCCCUUCAACAGAAUCUCCUACUACAACUGAGGAGCCAACCACUACCACAAAAUCUACAACACCAACAACCAAGCCUCCUACUACAACAGAGGGGCCAACCAUAACCACACAAUCUACACCCCCUUCAACAGAAUCUCCUACUACAACUGAGGAGCCAACCACUACCACAAAAUCUACAACACCAACAACCAAGCCUCCUACUACUACAACUGAAAGUCCAACCACAACCACAAAAUCUACAACACCAACAACUGAAUCUCCUACUACAACUGAGGGACCAACCACAACCACACAAUCUACAACCCCUUCAACUGAAUCUCCGACUACAACCGAGGAGCCAACCACAACCACACAAUCUACAACACCAACAACCAAGCCUCCUACUACAACUGAGGGGCCAACCACAGCCACACAAUCUACAACACCAACAACUGAAUCUCCUACUACAACUGAGGAGCCAACCACUACCACAAAAUCUACAACACCAACAACCAAACCUCCUACUGCUACAACUGAAAGUCCAACCACUACCACAAAAUCUACAACACCAACAACCAAAUAUUCUACUACAACUGAGGGACCAACCACAACCACACAAUCUACAACCCCUUCAACUGAAUCUCCCACGACAACUGAGGAGCCAACCACAACCACAAAAUCUACAACACCAACAACCAAGCCUCCUACUACAACUGAAAGUCCAACCACAACCACACAAUCUACAACACCUUCAACUGUAUCUGCUACUACAACUGAGGAGCCAGCCACAACCACACAAUCUACAACCCCUUCAACCAAACCUCCUACUACAACUGAGGCACCAACCACUACCACACUAUCUACAACACCAACAACUGAAUCUCCUACUACAACUGAAAGUCCAACCACAACCACAAAAUCUACAACCCCUUCAACUGAAUCUCCCACGACAACUCAGGAGCCAACCACAACCACAAAAUCUACAACACCAACAACCAAGCCUCCUACUACUACAACUGAAAGUCCAACCACAACCACAAAAUCUACAACACCAACAACUGAAUCUCCUACUACAACUGAGGGACCAACCACAACCACACAGUCUACAACCCCUUCAACUGAAUCUCCCACGACAACUGAGGCGCCAACCACAACCACAAAAUCUACAACACCAACAACCAAACCUCCUACUACUACAACUGCAAGUCCAACCACAACCACAAAAUCUACAACACCAACAACUGAAUCUCCUACUACAACUGAGGGACCGACCACACAAUCUACAACGCCUUCAACUGAAUCUCCUACAACUACUGAGGAGCCAACCACUACCACAAAAUCUACAACACCAACAACCAAACCUCCUACUACUACAACUGAAAGUCCAACCACAACCACAAAAUCUACAACACCAACAACCGAGCCUCCUACUACAACAGAGGGGCCAACCAUAACCACACAAUCUACAACCCCUUCAACAGAAUCUCCUACUACAACUGAGGAGCCAACCACUACCACAAAAUCUACAACACCAACAACCAAGCCUCCUACUACAACAGAGGGGCCAACCAUAACCACACAAUCUACACCCCCUUCAACAGAAUCUCCUACUACAACUGAGGAGCCAACCACUACCACAAAAUCUACAACACCAACAACCAAGCCUCCUACUACUACAACUGAAAGUCCAACCACAACCACAAAAUCUACAACACCAACAACUGAAUCUCCUACUACAACUGAGGGACCAACCACAACCACACAAUCUACAACCCCUUCAACUGAAUCUCCGACUACAACCGAGGAGCCAACCACAACCACACAAUCUACAACACCAACAACCAAGCCUCCUACUACAACUGAGGGGCCAACCACAGCCACACAAUCUACAACACCAACAACUGAAUCUCCUACUACAACUGAGGAGCCAACCACUACCACAAAAUCUACAACACCAACAACCAAACCUCCUACUGCUACAACUGAAAGUCCAACCACUACCACAAAAUCUACAACACCAACAACCAAAUAUUCUACUACAACUGAGGGACCAACCACAACCACACAAUCUACAACCCCUUCAACUGAAUCUCCCACGACAACUGAGGAGCCAACCACAACCACAAAAUCUACAACACCAACAACCAAGCCUCCUACUACUACAACUGAAAGUCCAACCACAACCACAAAAUCUACAACACCAACAACUGAAUCUCCUACUACAACUGAGGGACCAACCACAACCACACAGUCUACAACCCCUUCAACUGAAUCUCCCAUGACAACUGAGGCGCCAACCACAACCACAAAAUCUACAACACCAACAACCAAACCUCCUACUACUACAACUGCAAGUCCAACCACAACCACAAAAUCUACAACACCAACAACUGAAUCUCCUACUACAACUGAGGGACCGACCACACAAUCUACAACCCCUUCAACUGAAUCUCCUACAACUACUGAGGAGCCAACCACUACCACAAAAUCUACAACACCAACAACAAAACCUCCUACUACUACAACUGAAAGUCCAACCACAACCACAAAAUCUACAACACCAACAACCGAGCCUCCUACUACAACAGAGGGGCCAACCAUAACCACACAAUCUACACCCCCUUCAACAGAAUCUCCUACUACAACUGAGGAGCCAACCACUACCACAAAAUCUACAACACCA